AUGUCCCCUCUCUCAACAAUUGCCGCCAAACAAUUCCGUGUUUCCUCUUCACGUACAGCUAUGAGAGCACCUUCGACCCAAAAAAUGAUGGGGAAACUUAGGUGUGAAUCCAUUUUGCGACCGGGGUCUGGCACCAUCAGGUUAACAAUGGAGGAAGCGGAAUCUUUGGUUAACAAACUUCCCCGUUCGCUAUUUGAAUUCGCAAUGCCAACUGCCGUGCCCGAAAAGUUAGACUUGGCAAUGUCAGUCGCUGGAAAUCUCAUAAGAAUCGCAGCAACGCGUGGUGCAAGGCAUGGGAACGAUGUAUUAAAUCAAGAAACAGGUGAAUCGACAUCGAGUACUCUGCUCAAAUACCCGUUAAUCCACUGGCUAAUCCACUUUGCAGAUCUAACUAUACUAUCUAGAAUUGCAUUUAUUCUCUCCAAACAUCCCGAUUAUCGAGCCGUAGCGGAAUGGUGGUUGCAUAGGCUAGCAGAGUCCAAGGAGCCGUUUGCUGUCCUCUACAUUGUCAACAAACAAUUCGCUGCUGGCCCCAUCAAGAGGACGGUUUUGAUUGAUUACCUGGAAUAUUUCGCUCAGAGGCAUCUAGUUGAUGCAAUGGUGCUCUACGGACAAAUUCUACACGAGAGGCAUAAUCGCACCCAGGAAGCACUCGUUCUUUUCACAGCGGCAAUGGAGAUAUCUGUGCCGACUGGGAGGAAAACAAACAGUCUAGAUGAAGACCCGUACAGUGUUCUCGGUAUCCCCCAAGCUUGGGAGAUGUAUGCCUCCGUGAAAGCGACAACGGGGGAUAAGCAAGGCAUUCGGGAGGCCGUGGAAAUGGGUGCCUUUAAAUUAGACCAUCCUACAGCCUUCAAAUUCCUCGCCAAUAUCGUCGCUGAAGAAGGCCACCUAGACAAAUAUGAAGAAUAUAUGACCAAGGCUGCCAUGGAUUGUGAUGCUGAGGCAUGUCAUGAGCUUGGAUCAUUUUAUUUGGAGCUUUAUUAUGACGGGAAAGGACGAGACAAGCUCCCCGGGCCUUCGAAAGGGCAAGGUGUGUGCCCCAAGGAUCUUGUUGCUAGAAAGUACACCAAUAGGGAACUUCUCCAGAAUGCGAUAGACUGGCUUGAAAUCGCUAGCACAGGUGGUUGGGGCCCCUCUGCCCUCAUCAUGGCCACUCUCCUGCGCGAGGCGGAAAAACCCCACAAAGGAUUGCGGUAUCUAAAGAUUGCAGAGGAGGACGAAAAUUCUGCGUCCAGGGCGAAAGAAGUGCGACUCAUAUAUCAGGACAAGACCUUCAAAUUGAAUAUUGAGCAAGAGAUCUUAAGCAAACAAUUUACAAGGUUUGAUUGA